AUGGCGGAUGUUUUCAGUCAAGUGUUUGAAGGAAAGUGCGCAGUUCGUGAUGUUGAAACUAAAAGAGUUCGAGUACAUCGUGUCCACAAAAGCAAAGACGAAGAAGCAUUGCUAGAGUUAAUUCAUCCAAACAUCAUCAAGCUUCUCCACUGUGGAAGUGACGAUGACUAUCUGUACUACGCGUUGGGUCCGUGUUUGGCCACUUUAGAUCAGCUGUUUUUGAAGUCGGAUGAUGUCGGAAAAUACAACGGACCUUCUGGUCUGAAAUACAUCCAUUCAAAUAAUUCAGUUCAUGGAGACAUCAAACCAGAAAAUAUCCUCAUUGCGCAGGGACCUGCUGGCCCACAUGAGAUAACUCUCAAAUGGACAAAUUUUGAACUGAUCAAAAGUGUCAGUGAAGAAAGGCAAAACAGUUCUAUCAGGAGAAAUAGGGAAUGGUUAGCCCCCGAGUUGCUUCAAUUGACAAAACCUAAAGAAAAUGUGGAUGAAACCAGUUAUCCAGAAGGCGUCAAGAGCGACGUUUUUGCCCUGGGACUUGUUUUCGGUAGUCUAUUCUUGAAUGGCGAACAUCUCUACGGUCCCACCGGAAAUGAAAAUGAAAUUGCCGACAACAUAGUUAUUGGAAAUCCGAUUAACAUGCAAAAAAUGGAUGGCAAAUUACGCGACUGCUACGAGAAGGACCUAUUGGAAAAUAUGUUGAAAAACGACCCUAAUGAAAGGAUGACAUCGAAAGAAGUAGACGUUCAAUUAAACUCCAUCAAGGAUAAGCUCCGUGGAAAAGAAAAAGAAUUGCUUGAAUUGUGUGGGCGUGAUUCGCGAGAGGAUCUCACGGGAAAAAUCAAAGAAUUAAUUCAGUUCGAAAUUAACCUGAACGCAAAGGACAAAGAAGGAAAUCUGAUGUUGCCGGACAACGCUGGAUGGAAUGCGUUGUACUAUUUGCAAAAUAAAGAUAAGAAAGAGAUGAAAAUUUGGCUCGACCGCCAAAAACCAAUAGGGGCAGGUGGUUUUGGUACGGUAUUUAAAGGGAAAUUCGGAGGUCGCGAAGUGGCAGUAAAAAGACUUGAAAUGCGUCACGUGGACAAAAUAGAAGAAGAAGCUAUGCUAAAGUUAGAUCACCCAAACAUCGUCAAACUUCUUCACUGUGAAAAGGACGAAGACUUUACGUACUACGCCUUGGAAUUAUGUGCCGCUUCUUUAGACCAACUUUUCCUGGAGGAGGAUGAUCCCAAAAAAUAUAACGGAUGUAUCCCACGUCAAGUCGAAGUUUUCCAUCAAUUAGCUAAAGGCCUGGAAUAUAUCCAUUCAAUGAAAUUAAUUCAUCGAGACAUUAAGCCGGAAAACAUCCUUAUUACGCAAAUGCCUGGAGAAUAUGAAGAAAUAAUAAUCCAAUGGGCUGAUUUUGGACUAUCCAAAAAGGUUACUGAACGGGGAUCAUACACAGGAUGA